AUGGAAGUUAUGUCUGAAAAUGGUCACAUUAUUAAAGAUAAAGCAGCUGUCUUAGAUAAAUGGAAAUCCAGUUUUUCAGCUUUGUAUAAUGUACUUGAUAGAGAAGAUAAUGCCAUUGAGGAAAUAUAUGCUGAAAGUGAUGGUGCUUUAGAGAUAGAUGAAACUUUAAAUAAUAAUAUUAGUGUGCAGGAAGUCCGCAAAGCUAUUUUUAAGGCAAAAAGUGGAAAAUCUCUAGGCUUUGAUGGUUUCCCAUAUGAGAUAUUUAAGAAUGAUACUUUUGUUUCAUAUUUACAUGUUUUAUUUAACGUAUGUUUUAAUUCUGGUAAAAUAUCAUCAGACUGGGGUAAAUGUAUUGUAAACCCAACUCCCAAAAGUAGUACAAAUGAUAUUAGAGAUCCUAUGUCAUACAGAGGGAUAUCAUUAUCACCUACAGUGUAUAAACUGUACAGUUCGGUUUUGAGCGAUACAUUGUCUCUAUGGGCAGAAUCAAAUGAAAAAUUAGUUGAUGAACAAAAUGGCUUCCGAAAGAAAAGGAGUACUGUAGAUCAUUUAUCGUCUGUGACAAAUUUAAUUGAAACUAGAAUCAAACAUAAAAUGUCCACAUUCGCAGCAUUCAUCGAUUUCAGAAAAGCAUACGAUUCUGUACACAGAGGUCGUCUCUGGCGGAAACUGGGCAGUACAGGUAUACAUGGUAAAAUGCAUGGUGCUAUAAAGUCACUGUAUGAUUGUAUAUCUUCCUGUGUUAAAGUACAGACUGGUUUAAAGUUAAAACAGGUUUGA